ACAUUAAGUUAAAUAAAUUGUGCUUUAAAAGCUCUUAUAAUUAAAUAAAAAAUAAAAUAAAAUUCAUUUGGGGUACCAUUUUAUAAACAUUGUAAACCUAUCUAAUACGUUAUUACAGUAAAAGUACUUAUAAAUAUAUUAGUAGUACUUAAAUGGACUGUUCUAUAAAUAAUGUGAAGUUUGAUACUGAUAAAACAUCAGUUACUUUAUUACAAGACAUAUUAAAUAAACAAGGAGUACGUACCGUUCAGUAUGAAUUACUACAAAUUGAAGGAGCUGUUAGUGCACCAUCAUUUCAGUAUCGCGUUACUGAUGGACGAUUUGUGGCUUAUGGUCAAGGAAAAUCAAAAAAAGAAGCUAAGCAACAUGCAGCUAAGGCAUUACUACGGAUUAUUCAUAAAGAAUUUCCUGAAUUGUGUUCUGAUCCUUUAUUUGAAUCACAAAUUGAUUUUACCUCAGACUUGAAUGAUACAUUUGAAACAAUGAAUUUUGGAGACAACGAUGAACGUAAUCCAAUUGGUAUGCUUCAGGAACUUUGCACAUCCCUCCAUCUUCCUCCUCCAGUUUACAUAACAGAAUGUGAAGAUGGUCUUCCUCAUCAGCGUUUAUUUACUGUUUCAUGCAAUGUCUCUGAGUACAAGGAGACCGGUAUAGGCAAAUCCAAAAAAAUUGCGAAAAGACUUGCUGCCAAUAAUCUCUAUUUAAUGUUAAAAAGCAUUCAGGCAGAUCUCAGUGUAAACUCUAAAGCAGCUGAAAAUGUAGAUGACUUUGUUCGUCAACAGUCAAGCAAUUUAAGUGGUUUGAAAAAUUCAAAAUCUACUUCUCAAUUUUAUAGGUUACCUGAAAUUCAUAGACAUUUACCAUUAACUGAAGGUCCCUGCUAUAAUAAUCUAAAAAAAAUGGAUGAUGAACAAAUGUAUUCUUGUGACAGUAAAUUGGUUUUAGACAGUUUUACUGCUGAACAAGGACUUAACGUAUCAUUUAUUGAUUUUGAAGAACUCUCUAGUACUGGCAAAUACCAAACUUCUCUUCAAGUAUCUACUCCCAUUACUGUGGCUUUUCAUGGUGAAUCCACUAUCGGCUUUGAAGAAGCUCAACAGGAUGCUGCUUAUAGAUCAGUAACAAAGUUUAGGACUUGGUUACCUGGGAAAAAUUAUUUUUUGGUACUUGUCUCAUAUGCUGUCUAUUACACAUUCCUAUGUAUUAUGCUCUCUAUAAAUAAAAUGAUAUAUACAAUAAUUACCAUUAUAAUUAAUAAUAUUGUUAUCUACAAUUACAGUGGUCAACUACAGUGGAAACUAUGACUAAUUCAACAGUUUGUGUUGUUAUAAACAGUAGUCAACAGUCAUACAAUUUAAUAAAUUUGGAUACACGUACAAUUUAAGUAAUAUGAUAUGAAAUCAUACCAGAAAACAAAAUACUUGAAAAUUUUCUUCAAGAAAUUAAAAAAUCAUACAUAAUAUAGUAGAUUGUAUAACCAUUGAAAAUGUUGAAAAACAGCUCAGGUAAUUUAUUUUUGUAUUUUUAGAUAGCAUAGUACACUAUAUACAAUGAAUAAUAGAUAUAAUUUCCUUGAAGAUAGCAUUAAUGAGACGAGUGACUUUUUUAGUAUCCCAAACACACAUACGACAUACAUUUAACUAAAAAUGUAAUCUAAAGUAUUUUUAAUAAUUAAAAUAAAUGAUUUUAUUUAAUACUUAACAUGCAAAAUAAAUUUUACUCUGUGUGGUUUCAGUAUUGUGUAAAAUAUAUCUCCAUCAAUUUUCAAAAUCAUGCCAGUGUCAAAAAUGCAUGUCUUAUUAUACUUUUAUA